GUGAUGCCCCAGCAUGGUCUCCAGUUCCUAGAGCUCCCUCCAGUCCCAGCCCUUAUUGCAAGUACAUUCCUCUACCAUGAGUGUGGAGCACCCCAAAACAACCGACCCACAUGUAUCUUGAGGUGACAGACUGGCUCUGAACAAGUUAGGAGGGUAACUAAUGGUCACUGCUGGCAUGUUGCCUGUCCCUGAAGUAAUCUCUCCAUAAUGUACUUGAGGAGAGGAUUGGUAAUUUUACCCCAAAUGAGAAGCUCCCUCCCCUUCUGUUUUCAGCAAUAUCAAACAACCCCUUCAAAGAACAAGUUGAAAUCAUCGCAGAAGGAUAAAGUUCGUCAGUUUAUGAUCUUCACACAAUCUAGUGAAAAAACAGCUGUGAGUUGUCUGUCUCAAAAUGACUGGAAGUUAGAUGUUGCAACAGACAAUUUUUUUCAAAAUCCUGAACUUUAUAUACGAGAAAGUGUUAAAGGAUCACUAGACAGAAAGAAGUUAGAACAGCUAUACAAUAGAUACAAAGAUCCUCAAGAUGAAAAUAAAAUUGGUAUAGAUGGUAUACAGCAAUUUUGUGAUGACCUGGCACUUGACCCAGCCAGUAUUAGUGUACUAAUCAUUGCUUGGAAGUUCAGAGCAGCAACACAGUGUGAAUUCUCAAAGCAGGAGUUCAUGGAUGGCAUGACAGAAUUAGGAUGUGACAGCAUAGAAAAGCUAAAGGCCCAGAUACCCAAGAUGGAACAAGAAUUGAAAGAGCCAGGACGAUUUAAGGAUUUUUACCAGUUUACUUUCAAUUUUGCAAAGAAUCCAGGACAAAAAGGAUUAGAUCUAGAAAUGGCCAUUGCCUACUGGAAUUUAGUACUUAAUGGGAGAUUUAAAUUCCUAGACCUGUGGAACAAAUUUUUGUUGGAACAUCAUAAACGAUCAAUACCUAAAGAUACCUGGAAUCUUCUUUUAGACUUCAGUACAAUGAUAGCAGAUGACAUGUCUAAUUAUGAUGAAGAAGGAGCAUGGCCUGUUCUUAUUGAUGACUUUGUGGAAUUUGCACGCCCUCAGAUUGCUGGGACAAGAAGUACAACAGUGUAGCACUGAAGGAACCCUCUAGAGUGUACAUAGUCUGUACAAUAAACACAACGGAAAAUUGCACAGUCAAUUUCUGCUGGCUGGACUGAACUGAAGACCAAUCCUCACACUAAGGGCUGAGGGUUGAGACACAACAUUAAGGAUACAUCUUGGACCAUAGCAUAUUUCCUUCUUCUAAUGGUGGUUUGGGCUUGUCUCCUAGUCUGGGCCGCUCUUGCCAGUUAUAAUUCCAACGUGGUGGAUUUCAUCUUAUCUCUGUGGACCAUCCUAGUUUAUUCUCCCCUAAGUCUUAGGAGCUUCAUGGUGAUUAUUUUGAGGUUUCCAUUGUUGCAUAAAGCACAAUGCUGUCUUCAUCAGAAAACUGUUUGGCAUAAGAAUUAAACAGAUCAACAUCACAAACACUUUAUAAAAACUCCUUAAAUAUAAUGCUUUGGGCUAGUUGCAAAGACUAUGCUGAUAGCACUUCCUAAGAGAAUGAUAUGUGUAAGUGUACUCAAUCUGAGAUGGUGUUUUUUUUUCCUGGCAAAUCAUAUGUAUCAUCCACGUUAGUUGAUUAUCUGAUGAAAACAAAUGUAGAAAACAACAUAAGAAAAUUAUUAGAAUAACUAGGUGCCUACCUGUAAAAGAUUUGUUGUACUUCAACCCCCUAAUUUUCAAAACAGUUGAAGAGGUACCACAGAGCUAUUCUGCACUUAAUACCAUGUGUAUGCAUAGUUGGUCUGCAAGAGAGCUGUGUUGAGAAAAGCAGUCCGUAUAAUGUAGGCCUUUAUUGCUGUCUACAUUAUGCAUUAUAUGAUUGGAUUUCAUUGCAAUUUUGAAAUGCUUAUCUGCCUGUCUAAUAAGUUAAAAUAUUGAAUUUGUGUUUUGGAUGUUUUAGAUUUCUACACAAUACAGUAUCCUAAAUUUAGGCACGAGUUUGUCUGUCAUCAAGCUUUUAGCUCAGCAAAGAGAUUUCCCCUUAUUUAUACAAGAAGGUGGUGAGUCUACUUUGAAUCUAAUUUUGGGGAGUGGUUGUGAUGAGCCGCUAAGUUCAGUCUUCACAACAUACAGGUACUGCUGCUUCAGAAAAAGUCCAUUUUGAUCACUUCUCAUUUUGUCAAACUUUGCUUUAAUGACAAAUCACCACAGUUGCCAAAUACUGAUUUCAGAAGGAAAACGCUUUCAAGCAAGCACAGAUUAGAGACAAAUUACCACACUAGCUUCUUUUGUUUCUUUAAAUUAUUUUGUUUGUUCCACUACUACUUUUAUUUGCCACAACUAAAUUAGGACUGUUUUCACAUCAAAGCAGAGUUUUAGCUUAUUUGUUUUCACAUUACAAGACCCCUUACUGCUUUCAUGCUGAAAAUGAUCAUUUUGCUUUCAUUCCCUGACUUAUGGCGAAGAGGUUCUUAUUGUCUUCUUAAAAUAAACACUUCCAUAAAGUAAGUUAAGCCUGUCAGACUUUAGAUGUUAAACACCCAUUGUCUUUACUAGGGAUAGGCGUCUGCUGGGUGUACCCGAACUCUCCCUUGGCAAGGUCAAAGUGAGUAUUGAAAUGAGCGAGUGGAGAGUGCUUCAGAACAGCAGCACAUUUUUAUGCAGAUGCUGAAAUCAUUUUAGGAAAAAAUGAAAUAUUAAACUGUGUAUUUUUAAUUGUAUGCUUGGAAGUUGACUAAAAAGGCUUUUCCACAUAGGCAACAAUACUGCUUUUAAAAAUUGUUCAGACACAUCUUUAUUCAAGAAUACAGUCCUACCAACCAAAUGAAAAAGUUAACAUUUCUACUCAAGCUACUGGAAUUGGCCAUUUCGAAAAAAAAAAAAAAAACCCAAAAACCAAACAAAAUUAUUUUUGCUGCUUUCAGUAUUUCCUUUUUCUUUUUUUCUUCUUUUUUUUUGUAAAUAUCAAUAGGAACUUGAAUUAUGAGAACUUUUAAAAGGUCUACGCGUGCUGUUUUGUUCAUUGUCUUAAAGGUUUUUGAGUUUUGGUACCGUUCCGGAUUGACAGAUUAAUUCAAGUGUGCUGUGUUUGGAAAGAAGAUCUCCUUAGCUUUUAUUCCAAUAUCAUUUCUGUCUUUCAUAAAAGUCUGAUAUUGGUUAGUGGCCUUGUGCCUUGGUAGCAUAAAGAUUAUUCCAUUUUGAAUGCAAGGUCUUUUCAACAAAAUAGUGUUUGUCAUCAGUUUGGUACUCAACAUUUAUAAUUACUGUGUAAUUAUAAACAAAAAAUACAUAAAGCUUUGAAUAAUUAUGUAGCAUAAAAGUUAAGGCUGUUCACUUUAUGAUGGCAUCUCAGAAUUUAACAAAACUAUUAUUACUAAGGUUGAAAAAAAAUUGAUUUAACGUGGUAUGGUUAUGCUAUGGAGAAAUGCUUGGUUACAGGGAAUAUUUUGUACUGAAAAGUGCUCACACAUGUGGCCAUGUAUUAACUCUUUGUGUGUGCGUGUGUGAAUGUGUGUGCGUUAAAAUUUGGAUUGCUUUAAUUCAUAAGUGCUUCAGUCCUCAGUCUGAUAAUAAACUCCCCAUGAUGAGUCUUUGUUUUUAAA